AUGGGUCGUGAGGCUUACCUGGCCAGGCUUGCUUUGGGCAGAUCAGCUUUUGGUCCUCCUCUUCGCGAUGAAAAUGGAGACUUUGUGCUUGGUCCACAAGCUCGUGCGCACGACGAUAGAAGCUACACACAGCAUUGGGAUGAGCGAGGACAUCCACAGAACGUCGAUUCAACACAACGUGCCAAGCAAUUCCAGAAAGCACAGAACGAAGUGCUGGAGGCAUGUGGGGUGAUUAUUCGUAAGGAUGCAGCCAAGAGGCAACGACGUUCAGCUAGAGAGCUCCCUGAAGAGGACCAGCUGGAACUCAUCAACGAAGAGAACAAUAUAGGUUUUCUGUUCAAAUGUGGCGAUCGGUUCCUGGGAUACUGUUUGACCUGGUGGAUAGGGUCUUUAAGAAGAAGAUGGCUGGCCUUUGGAUCACCGUCCCUGAACGCAGUCGACACGAUUCAUCGCGAAUUCAGUGCUAGACCGCUCGGCUUCUUAUUUGGUGGCUUUCCUGCUUGGAGUGUAGCUCAGAUCGCGAGACUGGCUCGUCAAGUCGAGGUCAGCGAGCCCGUCGAGUGUAUGAACUACCUUGAGUUCCAUGUUGAGCAGGCACGGUUACCAAUAAAGGAGCGUGCUGAAUCAUGGCUUGAAAGUUUUGUGUUCCUUGCAGUCGAGAUACCUUUGGAAUUUCUGUCAACUUUGCAAUCACUAGGACUCCCUGUUCUGCCACAACUUUGGCGGUUCACCAAAGAUGCUGUACAGCGGAAGCAAUUAAUGUUACCAUUAGUGCUGGAAAUAUUGAUAUCUUCGCGUUGGAACCUUGCAAUUAGCCUUUAUCUAAUCCAUUGCUACCUUAGAUAUGAAAUUGGUUGGAGAAUAUUCGGCUUGUUACGGCAAGUUGUGACUCGUCCUCAUCGGCCAACAAGAAUUUCAGCUCAAGCUGCUGAGCAUGACGACUCGGUGGACGACGUUUCGAUCGUGGGCGUCGGGCGCAGGAUCGGAACACAUACCGAUCGACGCUUUUAUGGGCCAGAUAACUUCUGGUCAGCGCUACCCAUUGCAUUUCCAUGGCUCUCGAUGCUAUUUACACAAAGACACGAUAAGCAAGAACUGAAGAAGGAGACUUUGACGCGAUGUGCGAUGAUAGAAAACAAUGAGGAAGGCUUUCAAGGUCAUCGCUCAGUCGUUCGAGCACGCAAUAUUAUCAGCAACCUUGAGAGUCUAGGCGUUGAUGUCGAAGAAGACUUCUUCGUCGAUGUAGAUCAAUGGACUCGAGACAUUGAUUUUUUGGACGACAGUAUAUCUGAAACUUCCUUUCCGGGUGAGGGCGACGAGACAGUCAUUUACGUUGACGGGCAGGCUCUAAUACCAGUACCUCCGGUAUCCAUCUCACGCCCUACGCAUGGCGACUCUGAAAGUCUUGUGCCUGUCGAUAUCGAAAGUCCUUCCUUACCACCACCGCCACCGCCGCCCAUCGAUGGGGAUCCUUCUCCGCCGCCUACUCCAGAAGUAGGAAUUAGAAGAGCAAUCUCAUUGUCACAAACAACUCCGCGACCGACUCGAAGACUGACAGAAACAAACGGGCUGUAUCCGGAUCAAGAAAUUGAAGCUAUGCUUGCCGAAGCUCGACGUAAGAAGCGGUCAAGGCACAAAAAGAAGGACAAUGUCCAAUCCAGGAUGACAAGACUGACGACUUUUGCGGUGGAUUCUCUUGCGUGGCACGCAAGCUCGAUUUUAACGAGCUAUCUAUUGCUGCCUCUCGAGAAAAGGUACCUACAAUCUCUGGCAGGCUGGUAUAUGUCAAGGACAGGAGCUGCUAUGGGCAGCUUACCGUUACUGGCAAAAACUGGACUGACAUCGACUGGACUCCUUCAAAUCAGUCCUGUGAAGUGGCAGCGCGUUAAGAUGAUUUGGUUGUCCUUCGGGAUAGAGUUCCUUUUGCGUGGAGCGAUCUGGCAAGGCAUGAGUCAGCUUGCGUUGUAUUAUGGUCCCCGUUACAUGUGGGGCAAAUUCUGA